GAUCAAAUUAGAUAUUUGAUGGCUUUGACAGGCGUGUUCCCGAACCCUCACACGUCGUCGCGUCUUCGCGCAUGAUGAAAGCAAGGGAGCUCCAAGCCGAUGACGCAGUGCGCUGCAUCUCCGGAACAGGCAACCAGCUUCAACUAACGGUCAACACACGAUCGGCGGGAGCGCGGAAGCCUGACUUCACUAUUACGCCCGGAAAUCCUCCAGUCGUUUAUAAUUCCCCGACCCGCCAGCAAAUUUAAUGGACCGCGAACUAUCUUCUCCAACCUGCUUCCUUGACAUCCACGAAAAGUAUCUCGACCGCCAGUUUUCUGCAGAUCAUCGACCAACCAAAUCCCGGUACAACAUGGCAUCCACGAUCCCCACUGCCGCCCGCGUGGUCGAAAGCGCCGUCAUCUCCGCCCCGCUCAGCAAGGUCUGGCACUUGAUCAAACUGCAGGACUUUGCGACGUUCUGGACGAAUCUAUCUAAGAGUGAAAUUACAAAGGGAGUUUCCCCGGACACCGAUGUGAUCAAGUGGACGUUCCAGGACGGCACGGUGCUGGAGGUCAAGCAGGAGGAACAUUCAACGAUCGAGCACUUCAUCACGUACAGCGUCAUCACCGCUAAGCCGGCACUCGACUAUACUUCCGUCCUUAGCACGGUACGACUGUUCCCAAUCACCUCUGGAGAGCAUAGGGGACAUACGUUCGUUCAAUGGUCUGGGCAAUUCUCCAGCGAUGCAUCCGUGGGCGUCAUCGAGGAUGCGAAGUAUAAGCGACGAGAAGCAUUGGCGGACCUGGAGAAAGCGGUCGGGAAAAGCGCCUAAAUAUCCGAUAUCCACCAACAAUGGCACUUCGGGAUAUCGCGGUAGCUCCCGAAAUUCAUUCUUUGACUUCAAUGAGAAGCAUCAGAUCGGGGAUUCCCCAGUACAAGGUCACUACCAAAAUGAGCGUGCUGAAAUCAGUCAGAUCAGUGUUAAAUACACCGUAUCGAUAUGAGUAUACGAAUUGAAAUCAAUUUAGGAUUUUGACCUUUGUUAGGCAGAAGGGGCUCCUGUCCUGUUAAAUCAUGAC